UAGCACUUCGAUUUUGCAAUUUGAAUUGUGAGUGUUUUGACAUUUUAGCUCAGUUCUUCCGUUUCUUGUGGCACGGGUAUACAUUGGAUACAGCGAGAGGCAGAGAAGUUAGAAAGUGUCAACGAUGGUGGUUGAACCAUCGCUGCAUGAUGAAGCGAUCAGCAGCGUCCGAACGAAGCUCGCGAUCUUUCAAACUGAGCCAUCAACGACUGGUUAUAACCAACAUUGACUUUGCCAGGCAAUACAUCUCAGGAUUCACUGAGCUGACCAUCUACCCGCUAUGCAAGCUCUCCUUCAUCAACUUGAAUAGUCGUCAGACUCAUAUCAUCCGUGCAACGGUUGCUGGCAUCAGCGUAUCCUUUGAGAGCAAUGAUCCACAAGUGCCGCUGUCUCGACCGUCGAAAAAGCGGGCGCUGGAUGCCUUUGCUGUCGGUCACCAGCAGGCGCUGAAUUCCUCUCAUUUGGAUCUGGGUGGUAGCGGAGAGCUGGUAUUGAGGUUGCCUCCUGACGUCCAGAGCCAUAUCCAGGAACGCAAGCCAUUGCAGGUGACUGUGGAGUUUAGCCUGGAGAAGCCUAAGAGUGGGCUACACUUUGUGAUACCACCAGGUGAUGGCUCGUUCACUAAGCGCGGAGCACAUGUUUUCUCGUACAGUUAUGGCAACUCAUCAAGGAUGUGGUUUCCCUGUGUUGACAUGCUAUCUGAGAUCUGUACAUGGGAUAUAGAGGUGACUGUGCCGUCUGACAUGCUGGUUGUCAGCUGUGGAAAGUUGAUGGAACAGAUUCUGUCGGAUGAUGAGCGACUGAAGACUUACGUAUUCAACCUCUCUGUGCCCACAUCGGCGUGCAAGAUUGGAUUGACAGCCGGUGCGUUCCAGGUGAUCAGCGACCCCAAGGUUGAGGAGAUGAUGUACUUUUGUCCACCGGAGUUGGCUGGCCUAGUUCAUCACUGCACCUCCUUCAUGCAUGAAGUGUUUGGCUUUUAUCAGGACUUUCUGAGUACCAAUUAUCCGUACACUUGCUUCAAGGUUGUGUUUGUGGAUGAGGGCUAUACCGACCUAGCAAGCUAUGCCAGCAUGUCUAUUAUCAGCGUGUAUGCCCUCCACUCUCCUCGCUAUAUUGAGCAAACUGUGGCAAGCAGGCAGCUGUUAUCACUUGCCCUUGCACAGCAAUACUUUGGAUGCUUCUUGUGUCCAAAGUCUUGGAAUGAGGUUUGGUUGUCAACGGGUGCCGCAGCAUACAUUCAGCUGAUGUUCCAACGCCGAAUGUUUGGCAACAGUCACUACCGAUGUCUGCUCAAACAGGCCGUGGAUCGUGUUUGUCAGUUAGAGAAUCAGACCGGUGGUAUCCCUGCCCUCCACCCAAGAAAGCUUUCUGAGUUACCAUCAACAGAAAGUGGCGGCACUGCGCCAGCCGAGCAAGAGCAACAGCAUCGUCACAACGAAGACAGCCGCUCGUCUUCGCUGCACCCGCACGCACUGCACGGCGGUGCAUCGGCAUGGUCAUCGGACACAUUUGGCCGUGAUCGCAUAGCUCUGCAGCAGGGACAGGAUCAGAAGUCCUUGCUUGUCAUGCACAUGCUGGCGGCGCACACAGGACAAGAUUGUGUCAUGCAGGCGUUCAACAAGCUACUGGCCCUGGGAGUAGCGGCGUCGGAGCAGUCCAUCAUCUGCGGUGCCUGGAACAAUGUACUGCUGAGUACGGACACGUUUGUGCGUGCUGUCACGUCUGUCUCUGGAAAGACGCUGGACACCUUCUUGCGCUACUGGGUGUAUCAGAGCGGAUGUGCCAAUUUUGUGGCAAAGUUCUCGUACAACCGGAAGCGAAACGGCUUGGAAGUGCAUGUCCAUCAAGAUGCGCCGUCCAACCGUAGAUAUGCUGGUCCGCUGACUAUCAAUGUUCAAGAACUUGAUGGCUCUUUUCAGCAUGUUAUUCAAGUAGAGGCUGUUGACAGGUCCUAUGAGAUACCAUGCCACUCGAAGGCCCGCCGCACAAAGAAGAAGCGUAUUGCCCUGGUUACGGGUGAAGAAGUGGACAUGGAUCUCUCACUGGUGGAAUCUGACUCGCCAGUGUUGUGGCUACGUCUGGAUCCCGACAUGGGCUGGCUGCGCUCCGUCAAACUGGAGCAGCCAGACUACAUGUGGCAGCUUCAAGUGCUACACGAGCGUGAUGUCGUUGGCCAGAUUGAGGCAUGCAAGGCUUUGCGAGAAUUUGCCACACAGAACACGCGCAAGGUACUCGCCGACGCCAUCUCUCACCAGCGGUUCUUCUACCGAGUGCGUUGCUGUGCUGCUCAGAGUCUAGCUUCAGUCAUUACCAGUAGUCAAGACGUUGCAACGCCUCACUCAGCCCUGACGGCUGUGUACAGGAAGAUGUUUGGCUGUAAUUCUCAGCGGGACAUGGUGCGGUUGAACGACUUCCGCAGCUUGGCCGACUACUAUGUGCAGAAGGAAAUACCAUUGGCCUUGGCUACAAUUCGCAAUGGCCGUAGCCAAUGCCCUCGAGAGAUUGUCACGUUUCUCAGCAACUUGAUGAAGUACAACGACAAUCGCAGCAAUCAGUACUCUGAUGUCUUGAUGAUCGUGGCGCUGCUGGAGUCCCUGGCACAGACAGUGACACAGUCAGAGCCUGCACCUGUGGUUCACCAGUCAGCAAGCGGCAGUUCUGUAAGCAGUACAGUGUCAGUGAUAGCACCUGAGGCAGCUAUUGUUGUGAAUGAGAUCACACAGCGUCUCAACAUGGAGAAGUUAAUACCUUCAUUUGGCUUGAAGGUCUCAUGCACUUGCUUGACUGGUCUUGGUGUUCUUCAGCAACAUGGCCACAUAGCUGGAUGCUUGGAAACAUUCAAAAAGCAUGCUGCGUAUGGUCUGAUUACGGAUAUGCGCUUGGCUGCACUGCAGUGCAUUGUUAACUACGUUAGAGCGGAGAACUCACAGAGUGAGCUACUUUGGCUGCUGGACUUGGUGGAGAAAGAUCCGAACCCCAGUGUCAGGGUGAGAAUCAUCAGAAUGCUCAUACUGAAUCCCCCAUUCUCUCGCAAGUCAUCGUCUGCACUAAACAAUGAGACUGUGGUUGACCGUCUAUGGCACUUGCUAACAGUGACAUCAGCGCAUGAUAUGCAACUGCGGUGUUGCCUGGGCGAGUUGUAUGGACUUCUUUUUGGCUGGCUGACUCCUAGCUGUGUGCCAGCAUCAGGGCUUGGCCUGUAUAUUGACUUGAAGAAGAAGAAAUCGAGAACUCACCUGGCUGAACAGUCACCCUCAUCCAAAUCGAACGGCAUGUUCGAGAGAAGAGAAUCACUAACGGCAGAUGUGGUGAAGCCGGCCGAUGAAUCCGAUAGUGGAAUACGGCUGAAGAUCAAGAUGGGGGGUGCUCCAGUUGUGGAGGCGAGCACUGCGCCUACAAAGAGUGACAAUCGCAUGGACACAUCCAGUGCAUCAUCGACUACGUUUGCACCCCGCCAGGCGCAACCCCAGGCUGUUGCCGCUGCUGCUGCUGCUGCUUCUCCUAUCUUGUUCGCGCCGCAGUCAACUGAGGCAACGUCAGCACAGCCCAUACCACCACUUAUUGUCAAAAGUCAUAAGCGCUCGCAUGCUGAAAUGUCGAAGAAGGAUGGAGAGAAGCCCUUGUCAUCGUCGCACAAGAAAGCCAAGAAGGAGAAACACAAGCACAAGCACAAACACAAGCAUCAUCAUAAAGAUGGAGAGCACAAGGAGUCGAAGAAGUCAUCCUCGUCUCACACCGCUCAAUUCCUGCCGCCACGGGUUGGCAGCUAGCAGUGUAUAUCUAUGCAACACCGUGACCAAUACUCAUGUGGAUAAUACUAUCUCUGACCAUGGCAUACAUUCUCACAACGCACUCUAAUCUAGUUCUGAGCCGUAUCUCCCACGGUGAAUGCAUGUUCACACAAAACCUGAUCACGGUAACUAAAACGCCCUUCUCAGUUAUUAUAUUUUGCUCAUGGAACACAUUUUUUGUAAAUUCUCCACUGCACUGCAUUCAUGAGGGUCUUGUAACACCCCACUACUAGUGUAUUGGCUAUUAGCCGCAGAAAACUGAGAUGUCAUAUUCUAGUAGAUACGAACAAUUCACCUUGCUCAUAAAAUACAUACUUGCUAACGAAAUCCAACUCGCUGAGCUCUGUUGGCUUUGUGAUCUUCUCUGGACUUGAGGCUUGCUCUUAUAAUGCUACUUUCAUAUCUGUACAGUAGUAGUAUUCUGUUCUUCUUUCUAUGUGUGAUUGUGCCUCAUUGUGGAGUAGCCCUAUUGACUUGCUCUUUAUGUGGUGUUUAUACAUUUUGUAGUUCUGUUCAAAAGAGCAAGCUUUCCUAUUGUAUCUCUCCUAGAACUCAGCUAUACUGCACUUCUGUACUCUGCUCCUUCCUCGCCCGUCAGCAGCGUAUGAUGCCAUGAGCACGUCGCUUACAGGUUACCUUGCUGAUUCUUCCGGCGAGUGUUCUGUUACAUGUACUGCGUUGCAUGUACUGUAUGCGUAUUUGCCAUUGCAAGAGUUCACACUUAA